AUGGGCUCACCGGAAACCGCCACGUCUCUUCCGGUCAUCCUCCUCCACCGCCCGCCUGAGUUAGACUCUUCCCCGAUCAUCCCUCGACUUAAGGACUUCUACCGGGUCAUCGACCCGCACGAAGAAUCCGACUCCGACCCGUCCGCUCAGACCCUAUUCCGGUCGGUCCGGUUACUCCUCUGCUUGGCUCGUCCUCCGGUUACCUCCGACGUCUUGGACCGAUACCCUUCUCUUGAGCUCGUGAUCGCUACCAGCGCCGGCAUAGACCAUAUCGACCUAGCCGAGUGCCGCCGGCGGGGUAUCAAAGUCACGGGAAAUGCCGGAGUGUUUUCCGACGAUGUUGCCGAUUACGCCGUCGGGCUUUUGAUUGACGUCCUCCGACGGGUCUCUGAAGCUGAUAGGUUCCUCCGGGCCGGGUUAUGGCCUGUCAAGGGAGAAUUCCCUCUUGGAUCAAGGGUAGGAGGCAAACGAGUUGGAAUUGUAGGAUUGGGAAGCAUUGGCAUGCGAGUGAGCAAGAGGCUUGAGGCCUUCGGUUGCGUAGUUGCUUACAAAUCCAGGAAGAUAAACCCAAAUGUGUCGUACCCUUACUAUGCAGAUAUUCUGGAACUUGCUUCUUGGAGUGACAUUCUAAUUCUUUCCUGCUCCUCUACAAAAGAGACAUACCAUAUUGUCGACAAGGGCGUGAUGAAAGCCUUGGGGAAGAAAGGUAUCAUUAUCAACAUUGGCAGAGGAGCCCUGAUCGAUGAAGAAGAGUUGGUGCGGAUGUUAUCGAGCGGUGAGAUAGGUGGUGCCGGACUUGAUGUGUUUGAGAAUGAACCUGAAGUGCCAAAACAACUGUUUGAAAUGGAGAACGUGGUUUUAUCUCCGCACCGGGCUGUUCUAACCCCAGAAUCAUUUGCAGAAUUACAGAAGGUGAUCAUGCAUAAUUUGGAAGCUUUCUUCUCCAAUAAGCCUUUGAUGGGUGAACUCGACAUUGAAUGA